CUGCGACAAACGCGGCUCUUCCGUUCGGCCUGCAGACGCGUACCGACGCGCUUUCAUAUUUCAACUCGUUAUUUACAUCGAAAAUCUGUAAUAAUUAUGGCCGCCGCCGCAGCUCCCGUGAGGAAGAGGCUCCUGAAGGAGGAAGACAUGACGAAAAUCGAGUUUGAGACGAGCGAAGAGGUGGAUGUGACGCCGACGUUCGACACGAUGGGCCUGAGGGAAGAUCUGCUGCGCGGGAUCUACGCGUACGGUUUUGAGAAACCAUCAGCCAUCCAGCAGCGAGCCAUCAAACAGAUCAUCAAGGGACGAGACGUCAUUGCUCAGUCACAGUCUGGAACCGGUAAAACAGCCACGUUCUGUAUCUCAGUGCUGCAGUGUUUGGAUAUUCAGGUUCGAGAGACUCAAGCGCUGAUCCUGGCUCCGACCAGAGAGUUAGCCGGACAGAUCCAGAAGGUGCUGCUGGCGCUAGGCGACUACAUGAACGUUCAGUGUCACACCUGCAUCGGAGGCACAAACGUGGGCGAGGACAUCAGGAAGCUGGACUACGGUCAGCACGUGGUGGCUGGAACGCCCGGCCGAGUGUUCGAUAUGAUCCGCAGGAGGAGUUUGAGGACUCGUGCUAUCAAGAUGCUGGUGCUGGAUGAAGCAGACGAGAUGCUCAACAAAGGUUUUAAGGAGCAGAUCUAUGAUGUGUACAGAUACCUGCCUCCUGCCACUCAGGUGUGUCUCAUCAGCGCCACGCUGCCUCACGAGAUCCUGGAGAUGACCAACAAGUUCAUGACUGACCCCAUCCGCAUCCUGGUCAAGCGUGAUGAAUUGACUCUGGAGGGUAUUAAGCAGUUUUUCGUGGCCGUGGAGCGAGAGGAGUGGAAGUUCGACACGCUGUGUGACCUUUACGACACGCUGACCAUCACGCAAGCCGUCAUUUUCUGCAACACCAAACGCAAGGUGGACUGGCUGACGGAGAAGAUGAGGGAGGCUAACUUCACUGUGUCGUCGAUGCACGGAGACAUGCCACAGAAAGAGCGAGAGUCCAUCAUGAAGGAGUUCAGAUCCGGAGCCAGUCGAGUGCUGAUCUCCACAGACGUCUGGGCCAGAGGACUGGAUGUGCCUCAGGUGUCUCUCAUCAUUAACUACGACCUGCCCAACAACAGAGAGCUGUACAUCCACAGGUACCCCCCACACACACACACACCUCAGACUCCACGUGUGUGA